AUGUCGUCGUUUUUGAGUGUGAUUGAAGAAGUUGACUCAUUCAAGAAAACAGAUGCGUUUUAUACUUUUUUAGACCAUGAGGGCCGUACUGCGCUUGGAUACAUUGAUCCCAACGUUGUCGAAUUACUUCAAUCAGAACCAACGUUCGUCACUAAUCAUGAAACCAAAACAAUUGCAAUCGACUCCCAAUUCGACACACUUAAAAAAAGAAACGAAAUGUUUGCUGAGGUUGCCAAUCGGUGGAGAGUUUUACCCGAAUUGGAUGAGAUUCUCAAUAAAGGAUGGAGAAAUGAAUUGUAUGUUGUUUACAAUCCUUCAAAGACCCCAUACGCAUAUAUGGAAAGAGCAUUUUCUGUACUUUUUGGAGUAGUGACAUACGGUGUUCAUAUAAACGGAUAUGUGCCACCUGAACUAUCUUCAAAUGGUAAAUUGAAACUAUACAUCCCCAGAAGAUCCAAAAAUAAAUCAACCUUCCCUGGUAUGUUGGACAAUACAGUUGCCGGUGGUAUAGGAUACCCUCAUGGAUUGGAAACAACAAUUAUAAAAGAAUGCUUUGAAGAAGCAGGUCUUGAGGAAGACUUUGUUCGAAAGAAUAUUAAAAACACUGGUGUUCUUACUUACAUCUACUUGACCGAUGACGGACGAGCAGAACCCGAAGUGGAAUAUAUCUGUGAUAUAAUCAUCAAAGAAGACGAAGCUCAUUUGAUCAGCCCACAAGAUGGCGAAGCUGAAGAUUUCAAACUCAUGGAUAUAGAUGAAGUAUUGAAACAUGUGGAAAACCGAGCUUUUAAGCCAAAUUGUGGAUUAGUGAUUGUCGAUUUUUUAAUUAGACAUGGGUAUAUAACUGCUGAGAGUGAGCCUGAUUAUUUGGAGAUUGUUUCGAGGUGUCAUGUGAAAUUGCCAUUCCCCACUAGAUAG